GAGGGCCGUGACGGGGGGACAUGUCGUGACAGUGGAGACAGAGCCACCCCGCACCGUGACCUGGUGGACAGUGACCCUGGGACACCCUGAAACACCGGGAGUGAACCCCCCAAGCCGUGACACUGAGGGAGCACCGGGGCACAUUCCAUGUCGUGACACCGGGGGAGCACAGCUACCCAGGCAGUGACACUGGGUGCACGCCACGGCGCCUGGUGACAGCGCUGUGACACCGAGCACCCCCCACCAUGGCACCAGGGGAGCAGCCAGAUCAUCAGGUGCUGUGACACCGGGGGACUCUGUGCCUCGCAUGUGCUGUGACACUGGGUGGCCAAACCACCCUGUGCUGUGACUCCUGGGCGAGCCUUGAGCCUGGCAUGUGCUGUGACACUGGCAAACCAAAGCCAACCUGGACUGUGACAAGUGAUCAACCAGCGUGGCACCUGCCACUAGGUGACCAAAGCCACCUUGGACUGUGACACCAAGUGACCAAGCCUCUGCACCAUGACACCUGCUGAACCCUCAGCCUGCCGCCUGCUGUGACACCGUAUGACUGAAAGCCACCCUGUGCAGUGCCACUGGGUGACCAAGCCACCCCACAUCGUGACACCAUGUGACUGAAGCCCCCUUCCACUCUGCAUUGUCCUCAUCAUGCCACCAUCCCGUCAGCGUGUGGCCAUGCCUGUCUCCAUGGUGCCACCGUCCCUGCUGCUGGCUCUGUCCCUGCUGUCCCCUGUGCUAUGGGGGUCUGCAGCAGGGAGCUGCCCCCCGCGCUGCGUCUGCGCCUCCAACCUGCUGAGCUGCUCGCAGGCCAACCUGAGCACGGUGCCGACGCCGCUGCCGCGCUUCACGGCCGUGCUGGACCUGAGCCACAACAACGUGACGCGGCUGCGCGCGGACUGGGCCCCGGCGCGGCUGCCGCACCUGCACGCGCUGCUGCUGAGCCACAACGGGCUGGCCUUCGUGUCCACCGAGGCCUUCGCCCACGUGCCGCGCCUGCGCCACCUCGACCUGUCCUCCAACCGCCUGCGCGCGCUGGACGAGAACCUGUUCAGCGACCUGGGCGAGCUGGAGGUGCUGCUGCUCUACAACAACGAGAUCUCCACGGUGGAUCGCACGGCCUUCGAGAACCUGGGCCGGCUGCGCAAGCUCUACCUGGGGCAGAACCGCAUCGCCCGCUUCCCGCUGGAGCUGCUGCGGGAGGGCACCCGGCUGCCGCAGCUGGCGCUGCUGGACCUGUCGGCCAACCGGCUGCGGGCCGUGCCCGCGGGGGAGCUGCAGGCGUUGCCCGCCUGGCUGCGCGACCGCCUCUACCUGCACAACAACCCCCUGGCCUGCGACUGCCCGCUCUUCCAGCUGCUGGACCGCGGCCGCCGCCGCCACCUCAGCGCCGUGGAGGAUUUCCAGGAUGAGCUGCGCUGCGUCCCGCCCGGAGCCACGGCUCUCGUCAAGAUCCUGGAGCUGGCGGGCAAGCCGCCUCUCAACUGCAGCAAGGCGCGGGAGGCCGUGCUGGAGGCGCACCUCGGGGACAGCGUGACGCUGGGCUGCGACAGCCGCUGGCAGGGCGUGCGCAGCCGGCACUGGGUGACACCGGGCGGGGAGCGGGUGCUGGGGGACGGGGGCAACGGCAGCGUGGUCCUGCUGGCCAACGGCAGCCUGCAGCUGCGGGCGCUGCGCCCCGAGGAUGGCGGCACUUACUCCUGCUGGGUGGCCGGGCCCCUCCUCAACGAGACCCUCUACGUGGAGCUGCUGGUGCACAACUUCACCCUGCACGGCCCCCACGACACGCUGAACACGGCCUACACCACGCUGGUGGGCUGCAUCCUGAGCGUGGUGCUGGUGCUCAUCUACCUGUACCUCACCCCGUGCCGCUGCUGCUGCUGCCGCGGCACCGAGAAGCCGCCGGCGCCGCGCGACGACAGCAUCAACUCCUCGGUGCUGAGCACCACCCCCAACCACGCCGGGGGCACCGGGGAGCCCUGCGGGUCCCACGCGGCCGCCGGUGCUGGCACGGGGCAGAACGGCCGGUUCAAGGGCGGGGGGACCCCCCCGGUGCCCGCCCGGCAGGGCCCCAAGGCGCAGAGGAAGGUGUCGGACCCAGACUCGGUGAGUUCCGUCUUCUCCGACACGCCCAUCGUGGUGUGAGGGGACACUGUGGGGACAGUCCCCAGGGACACCCCGUGUCAGCCACUGCAAGCUGUCCCUGGGCAGGAGGGGUGGCCAGACCCCCAGUGCCGUGUCCCCAGCUUGGGGGGUCACGCCGUCACACCCCAGGACUGAGCAUCGCUGCUGGCCCUGCCGAGGCCACUGACACCAUGGGACAGUGAGGGACAAAGAUGGGACACACACUUUGGGGACAGUCUCCCACCGUGACCUGACUCUGGGCGGGAGAGUUGGCCAGACCCCCACCACCAUGGCCCCAGCAUUUGGGGGUCCCAUCAUCACCCCCAGGACUGAGCAUUGUCCCACACCCCCACUGGGACCACAGAGGGACCGUGAGGGACACACAGGUGUGAGGAGACACACCAUGGGGACAGUCCACCAGGACACCCCUACAGUGUUC